AUGGCGGGAGGGGCUGUGACCCUGGAGGACUCAAUCCAUCCUCCUGGGGGCAGUGCAGCUUUGCUCCAGACCCUGCUCAAGGCUCUGAAGGGGCACUUUGUCGACUGGCACCGAGAGCAGCUGAUCCAGCGAGUCUCCAAUGUGGAAGCUGUGUGCAGGAAAAUGCUGAGCACUGAGCAAUGCCGGAGCAUUGUAACUGACCCACUGAAGAUGUGGAAGCUGUACAAGAUAGUGCCGAGCUGGAACACAUGGCAAAAGAACCGGCUCUACCAGGCACUGAAGAAGACAAACCGAGCUCUUGUUGAGGAAUUGGAAGGGAAAUGUUUUGUUGACCGGCACCGAGAACAGCUGAUCCAGCGUGUCUCCCAAGUCAACAAAGUCCUGAAUUUUCUCCAUGGGAAGGUGCUGAACAGGAAGCAAUACCAGAACAUCAGAACUAAAACAAUGAACCCAGAGAUAAUGUGGAGGCUAGUUCACCUCCCAAGGGCAGGCUCGUUCCGUUGCUCUGAAACUGAACUGGGGUUUGAGGUGAUAGCAGCCGUGACCAUCCAAUAUGGAUACGACUCCUGGGAUCGGCGUCUGAGCACAUCUGAGAAGCAGCAAUGGAUGGUGUCCAGCCCUUUGUUCAACAUCAGGGUAGAACCAGCUAGGGCCAUGGCAGCCGUUCACCUCCCACACUUCCUGUGCCUCGCAGCAGCAGAGGUUGACAUUUCUCAGCUUCAAGUGGCCCAUUUUGCUGAUUGGGGGAUGACCCUGGAAAGUCCAACAUGGGUGAGGCCGUUCCACGCCGUGCUGGAGAACCCCAGCUUCUCUCCAAUUGGACUGCUUUGGAAACAGAUCUAUUCUAAGCUAUUUCCUCCAAUACAUACCCUGGUGCUGCUUUAUCGGUCCAGCAGGGCUGCAGACAUAACCCUCCACCUCUACUUGAUACCCAGUGAUCUCUCACUAGCACAGGCAAUUGAGGACAAUGAAAUGAAGUACCAGUCAAUAAGGGUGCGCAAGCCUUCUAAAAGCAAGCCCCUAUACUUCGGCUCUUGUUCUUUUGUAUCCAGUCCCUCAAAAAUAGAAGUGACACCUAAGGAGUUGGAGUUCUCCAAUAUGGCAGUUCAUCCCCUGGAUCCAGACAUGGAAAUCUACACCAAAGACUUGGGGGGCAAAUUGGAGCUCAGCCUGGUGGAGAAGAAAACGCAGCAACAGAUCUGGGAGACAACUGUGAGAGCAGGGGAUGUGAAGCUUCCUGGCUCCACCCCAACACGAGCAGGAAACAUCCAAGACAAGAUGGCUAAGACCUUGAGAGAUGCCCUGCAGGAGACUUUGGAUGAGCUGGACAGCAAAAAUGUCAAACGAUUCAAGUCCAGAUUGAACAAUAUGGAGCUAGCAGAGGGGUACAAGAGAAUCCCCAAUGGGAUGCUGGAGGAGACUGACACUCUGGCUGUGUGUGACCUGCUGGUGCAGUACUACAAGAUGGAAGGGGCUGUUGAGGUGGCUAUUCAAGCCCUAAAGGGAAUCAACCAGAAUGAGCUGGCAGGAAAGCUUGAGACGGACACCAGGAGAAUUCCAGCUGGCACUGAUUCCAUAUGCAGCCGUUUUUCUGCAGUGGAGUUGGGAUCGCCCAUCUGAAGACGAGCGCACGCCCGACAGAACUGAACUGAUCACAGCUGGUGCAGCGAGGUCUCUCUGUUUAUCUGAAGAAACGUUAGCGAGAUUCAGUAUGAGCCUUUCCGUGCACCAAAUGGCCAAUUACAACAGCAUGCCCCUGCGGAAGCAGAAGUCGCAUAUCACCACAGCACAGCUCCUUGGGCUGACCCCGGAGCAGGAAUCUAUUUCCCAGGCAGGAAUUCCUUUGCUGAUCACGGUAUUAACCAUUAUAAACUGAAAGAACUAAUUGAUCCAGGGGAAGAGGGCUGGAAGGCUUGGACUUUUACUUUCUGGUAAUGAAGAACAUUAGGGGAGCAGCAUUGUGAAAACAGCGGCGAUGGUGGCUUAUUUUAGGAGAGAUUAGAAAGUAAACUGAGGCAGCGGCAGGCCUGAAGCCAGACAGAGUAAGUCCCUGUCUGGAGUGGCUCAUGACCGUGAACCAGAUGCUUUAAACUGGUGUUCUAGAAUUAGAUUUUACCAAGCCAGUAACAAAUGUGAACUCCUGGAUCACCAUAAGAGUCUUACCAUGGAGUCCCAGACAGUCCCCUUAGUCUCUCCAGUCUGUCUUGCCACCCAGGCAAACGUGACUUAGUGAUAAAUGAUCAUUUACACCAAAGAUCAGACAAUAUUCUGGUUGCUUUCAGUCCCAACAGACUAGGCCUUUACUCCAGCUCAAUUGGUACCCUAGAUCUUACACCAAAAACAACGCCUGUAACCAGUCCUGUAAUAAGCUAUCUACAGUUUUAUUAACUAGGAAAGAGAAGUAAGAGCUAAUUACAGGUUAAAGAAAGCAAACAUAUACACACCAAUGAGUUACCAUCUAAAUCCUAAGAGUGACAGAGUUGUAGUGAGUGACUAUUCCAAGUGUCUUUCAGGGCAGACCCAUGAGGUAGCCACUGGGGAUCUCUGGCUUCAGUUUGGUUUCUCUGGCCCUUUGAGAAUUCAGACAUCAAAGAGAUGAAAAAAUCUUCAUGCCACCUGUUUUUAUUUCUGUUUUACAGCAGAUGGGAGGGGGCCUUCUGCACAUACUUCUCCAUGAGUGGAUGGAGCAAUUAACAAAGCUUUUGUCUUGUAGGGGCCCACCUAAAUUCUGAUAGCCCUCCUGGAUGGGCGUGGUGGGUACGGGGGUUCAGGGGGACACUUCCUGUGCCUGAUUUCACAAGUUCAGAGAAAACAUUUUCAAAGUUAUAAAGCAAAACUUGCAUAGUGUCUUGUAGCCUGGAAUACAGACUUUACAAGUGAGAUUAAUGCGUGCAGCCUCCUCUAUGCAAAUAAGCCCCGGCCCCAUCCCCUGGGGCUAACGAGGACCCAGGUGGCCCCGGGGUGGGAGGGGCACUGGAAAUGUCCCUGGGGUGACCUGACACAUGGGAUCCGGGGGUUGUGUGUCUCAGAUUGAAUGCCCCUUCCUGGCCACCCACUAGGGCAGCUGUGAGGGGGAUCCAAGCCUCUGUACUCUCGAUCCCCUGGGGUGCAUUAAACUUUUGGGACCUGAAUGGAGUUCUGCCACUGCCCCAAUCUCGGGCCCCCUAGGCCAGUGGCUCUCAACCUUUCCAGACUACUGUACCCCUUUCAAAAGUCUGAUUCGUCUUGUGUACCCCCAAGUUAUACCUCACUUAAAAACUUACAAAAUGAGACAUA